GAGCCGCACGUGGUCGCCGGUGGCGCGGGCCGCGCGCAGCAAUGUUCGGGGGCCGGGCCAGUCCUCUGUUCCUGGACACUUCGGAGAUCUGGUGGCAGGACCCACCGUCCCUGCAAGCGGAGGCGGCGCCCUGGGACGUGGCGGAGGUGGCAGCCGUGUGCAAGGCAGCGGAUGAGGGCUCAGAGCCGAGCCCCCAGGAGGGGAACAGCGCGGAGAAGCAGGAUGUUCAGGACCCGGAGCUGGAGGCCAUCAAAGCCAAACUGCGGGAAAUAGAGAAGGAGGAUGAGAGGCUGAAGGAGCUGCAGCUGGAAGCUGAGAAUCACCUGUUCAUGAGCUCAGAAGCAGCUCUCUUCCCACUGACAACCAAGGAGAAGAUGGAGGCUGACCAGCGUUCCAUCUACGUGGGCAAUGUGGAUUACGGGGGCACAGCAGAAGAGCUGGAGUCUCACUUCAACAGCUGUGGGCAGAUCAACCGCGUCACCAUCCUCUGUGACAAGUUCUCGGGCCACCCCAAAGGCUAUGCCUACAUCGAGUUCGAGGAGCAGAGCUCUGUGAAGGCUGCGGUGGAGCUGGACGAGAGCGUCUUCAGGGGCCGUGUCAUCAAGGUGCUGCCCAAGAGGACCAACAUGCCCGGCAUCAGCAGCACGGACCGCGGCGGCUACCGGGGCUGCUUCCACGCCCGGGGCGGGCUGGGCCGCUGGGGGGGCCCCUACGGGCAGCAGCCCCGGGUCAGGGGGAGAACCUACAGGGGUCGGGCAAGGCUGCUGCCUUGGUAUUUUCCAUACUAGAAGAGGCUGGACUGCCUGGUGAUGCCAGUGGGACUUGAAACGAG